AUGCCUAGAGCAGCUGCAGCUACAGGGUUCGCCAAGUUACGGCGAACACAAGAAGGCAAAGCGGGUGGUGUGAUCGGCCUGUUAUUCUUGAGAGCCGUCGUUAUGGCCGAAGGCUCCAGCUGUACAGGCCUAAAGGGCGGAAAUGUGCCCCCCCUUGGAUUCUACCGUCGUCUCAAUAUCGCAGACGACCCUACCACCCACUUUGCUGCGGAUGUUGAGUCGGCAUUGGCCCAGUCCACGGUGACAGAGCUUGAAUCGCAUGCCACCUUGCUCUUCACUUCGCCCCAGCCCCAUCCUGUCCGAGCGGACGCGACUUACUUAUCAGAGGUGGCUGGCUUAUAUCGUCACGACUGA